AUGCAUCUUCCACCCCUCCUACCCAUCGCCUUCGCAAGCACAAUACUCGGCAAGUCCUCCCCAGGAUGCAAAAAAGACACCCCAUCCAACUUCCCCAGCCCAGGAGGAGACAGCAAAGCCCUCGACCUACCCAACACAGACCGCGAAUACCGCCUCUACCUCCCAGAAAGCUACACCUCAGACACCGCAACACCCCUAUACAUCUCACUCCACGGCGCAAACCGCGACAUGGACGAAGAAGAAAGGCUAUCCCAAUUCUCGAACCCCCAAUUCAACCCCCACGGCAUAGCCGUCUACCCAAACAGCCAAAACGGCUACUGGCUCUCCAACCCCAAAGCGCACACCUCGCGCCCCAACGACCUAGACUUCAUGUACACGCUCCUCACGCACCUCGAAAACACCCUCUGCAUCGACACCAGCCGGAUCUACGCCGCGGGCAAAUCCAACGGCGGCGGCUUCGCAACCGUCAUGGCCUGCAAUGCCACCGUCGGCUCCAAGAUGGCGGCUUUCGCGGCCGUGAGCGGCGGGUUCUACGAUACGGAUGAUAUAGAUGGCGUGGGGCCGUGCGAGCCCGCGGAACGCGAAGAGGGGUAUCCGUUUUUGGAGUUUCAUGGGACGGACGAUACGACUUCACCGAUUGAUGGCGGGGGCGGGGAUGAUAAGUUGCCGAUCAUUGAGGUUUUGGAGGGGUGGGCGGAGCGGAAUGGGUGUGGGAGGGAUGCGCGGUGGGAGAGUAAUGAGACGGUUCAUGUGGAUCCGCAUGUUAAGCAUGCGAGGUGGGAUUGUGGGGGGAAAGAGGGGAUUGUGCAGCAUUAUCGGGAGGGGGAUUGGGGUCAUUGUUGGCCUAGUACGGUGCCCAAUGGGGAUGAUGUGGUGUUUUGGAAGCAGUGUCAGAGGGGGGAAUAUGUCUUUAAUGCGACGGAGUAUAUUUUUGAUUUCUUUAGUGAGUAUCGAUUGGAGAGUGAUUGA